AGUUGAAAUUGGUUUAUAAUGUCGGAAAUUUCGGAAAACUUUGUAAAUUCGAAUAGAAAAAGAUGGUCGUCUACCCAGCUGAAGUGAUGGAAGUGUCAACUGCUUCAGCCCCGAAUAUUUUUGGAGUUUAUCCAUAUCUUCUGAAGUUUUCACCUUUUAAUUGCGAAAAGUCAAAUCCUUUGAGAUUUGUUUUUAUGAUUUUUUCAUUCAUCACAUUCUUGGCGAUGGUUUUUCGAGCAGGAUAUAUGCUUUUUUAUCUCGAUGUGAAGGCUCUCACAUUAGGAUUUGCCGAGCAAAACCUAUACGGUUUCAUUUCGAUGGAAUCAUUCUGUCUUGUCAUUGCUCUUUUUAAAAUAACAAAAGUUGGGCGACUGAGAAAAGUGGAACAAAAACUCGCAGAAAUGCGUGAGAUGAGGAUAACCUCCUUCCACGAAUCUCACGACAAGUAUUGGAAACUGUGGAUUGAACUUUUCAUCUUCAAUAGUUUUAACCUCGUGCUUUUCAUUGGAACGGCCAUCUACUUACUUUGCAAUAGAGUUAUUAUUGUUGGAACUAAAACCAAAAGCUCCUGGUACUAUUAUUUCGAUGCUCCGGUUAUGAUUCUUUGUGCAUAUGCAAACUUCCUUCAUCUCCCAAUUCAUGAACUUAUUCAUACUGCAUUUGCAAGAGAAUUCCGAGUUUUCAAUGAUGAACUAGAGAACGCUUCGAAGAAUAAAGAAUUGCUUAACCCUCAAACUUUCCAAAGAUUUGCCGAUCGUCAAAUUAAAAUGUUCGAAUGCAUAAAUCCAUUGACCGAACGAAUGAAUCGACUUAUGGCCUUUGCACCACUUUUCAUACUUACUGCUCUAACAAACGUGCUGUACCUUGUGACAAACUUGAGAUCUGCAACUCAUACAUUAUACUUCAUUUGCAUGGUCGGAAUGCUGAUAUCAUGUAUUAUAAUAUCAAAGAUUCUUCUCUAUCCUCCAGCUUUAGUUCAGGAAGCUAUGCUCCACACGUCUACUGUUCUUAUGAACGACCAAUUCAUUCACCAUUCCAAGGAUCCUCAAAUCUACAGUAUCUACCGUACCAUGGUUGAUCGAUCGAUGCACAAUCGAUCUGUGAAUGUCGUAAUACGAAUAUUCGAUGUGAAUCGGAAGAACAUCGAAAGAGCCUAUUUUAUUAUAUCAAACAUUGUGCUCGUCAUGGUUGUUUUUUCAGCGUUUUGAUUUGCUGAAACAGUGUCUGUAAAUAAAUGUUUGAAAUUUCGCUUAA